UUCAUUUCCUAGUUGUUCCCUCGAUGGCCCGCUUGCAACAUCUCGGUGUGAGCGGGUCCUUACGAAUUCGGCGCGCAUUUUCGAAAUUAGAUAUCCGCGUUUAAAAAAAACAAGCAUUGUUUUUAGUGGUGUGUGCUGUGAAUCACAACCGGCCAGUUAUAGUGAUGUGUGUUAGUGAGGAAUUUUAUGAAUUGAAAUAAAAUAGAGGUUUUUAUUUGGAAUGUCGCGAGUAGUGAGGUGAUCGGAUCAGUUGGUUUAUUUACUGAAAACAGUGACAGUGCCUUGUACAGUGCGACAGUGAACGGGAUGUUUCUAUCUGGAACGUGGUGAUAAACGACUUAUAAAUCUAAAUUUAAUGCAUAAGCGCUGAACGUAAAUUUAACGAAAACGAAAAAUUGGUUUUAGAUAAUUGACCGCAGUUCAGUUAACUAAAAUCGCUUUUUUAAAAAUAUCGCAAAUCUAAUUGGCAUUAAUAUCUCCUAUUAAUAAUUAAAUAAAAUCAAGUAAAUCCUUCUCUCUGCUUUGGUUUUCUUUUUACAGAUUGUUUUUUUUCGCUUUGUGACAAAAAGUAUACGGGAACAAGUGAAUUAAAAUAAUAAUUUGUUUGAGAAUUUCGAAAAUAAAAAACAGUGCCUUAAAUAGAUUUUAAGAGGAAAAAGGGACAACAAAACAAAAUCACGGAGACAAAAUGCCAAGGAACUUGUUGCUGUUCAAAAAGUUAAUUCCUGAAAUAAAUUUCGCGAAAAGAAAUCUCACAUCACCUCUCGGCCUCAAUAUAUUUAUCAGUUAAUAAAAAAACAACAACAGCUGGUGCUUAAAUUCAACAAAGUUGACGAAAAAGUCCGGAGUGCCAUAAAAUUUUUUCGAAAAAUUCUUAUGGUGUCAAAACAUAGAAUAUAAUUUGCCUUAACCCCGACAAAGUCGAAAGAAACAAAUUUUUACAAAGAGUUUAAAGAGAAAAAAAAACAAUAAACCAAACAGUGAUAGUAGUAAUAGCAAUGCGAAUUCAAUUCGCACAGACAUCAGAGAAUCAUUUGUCAAAAAUAACUUAAGAACAGAAGAAACAUUUCGACAAGAAAUCCUUACUUUGAAAUGAUGAAUAACAAUCAGUUCCACGAGUUGUUCGGGUCUCAGUGGCCACCUGACCAGCACGGUGGCCACUCGUCUGCCUCGACUAUGCUGCACCAGCAGUCGCAGUUACCUCAAGUGCAGUUGAAGAGGGAACCUCAUCCGGAUGUACCGGGUAUGCACAACCAAAUGGGAAUGGAUAUAUCGGGAUCUGUAGCGGACAGCACUUCACCUCCUCCCGGCAAUAGCGAGGGAAUGUUUGGAUCUUCCAUAUCUGGCAUGUUCAUGGACAAGAAAGCUGCUAACUCCAUUAGAGCUCAAAUCGAGAUCAUACCAUGCAAGGUGUGUGGAGACAAGUCAUCAGGGGUGCACUACGGGGUCAUCACCUGCGAGGGAUGCAAGGGCUUCUUCAGGAGGUCUCAGAGCACAGUGGUGAAUUAUCAGUGCCCUCGCAACAAGGCCUGCGUGGUCGACCGCGUAAACCGCAACCGCUGCCAAUACUGCCGCCUGCAGAAGUGCCUAAAACUCGGCAUGAGCCGUGAUGCGGUGAAAUUCGGUCGUAUGUCGAAGAAACAACGUGAGAAAGUGGAGGACGAGGUUCGGUUCCACCGUGCGCAGAUGCGUGCGCAGACCGACGCCGCGCCUGACUCUGUGUACGACGCCCAGCAGCAGACCCCCAGCUCCAGCGAUCAAUUCCACGGUCACUAUAACGGCUACCCUGGCUACAGUUCACCGUUGUCGUCAUACGGAUAUAGCGGUGCAGGGCCGGCGCUCACCUCCAACAUGAAUAUAGCGCCCCAACAACAACAGCCGCAGCCCUACGACGUGUCCGCUGAUUACGUCGACUCCACCACCACGUAUGAGCCCAAACAGACUGGAGGAUUCUUGGAUACCGACUUCAUUGGGGGACAUGCUGAGGGCGACAUCAGCAAGGUGUUGGUGAAGAGCCUUGCCGAGGCGCACGCCAACACAAAUCCAAAGCUCGAGUACAUACACGAGAUGUUCCGGAAACCACCAGACGUGUCCAAGCUUUUAUUCUACAACUCGAUGACGUACGAGGAGAUGUGGCUGGACUGCGCGGACAAGCUGACUGGCAUGAUACAGAACAUCAUCGAGUUCGCUAAACUUAUACCCGGUUUCAUGAAGCUCACUCAGGACGACCAGAUACUGCUGCUUAAGUCCGGAUCGUUUGAACUGGCCAUAGUGCGUCUGUCGCGGCUGAUCGACGUCAACCGCGAGCAAGUGCUGUACGGAGAUGUCGUGCUGCCAAUACGGGAGUGUGUACACGCACGUGAUCCUCGAGAUAUGGCGCUGGUUGUAGGCAUCUUUGACGCAGCGAAGACAAUCGCGCGACUCAAACUGACUGAGACAGAACUCGCGCUGUACCAGAGCCUUGUGCUUCUUUGGCCAGAGCGGCACGGCGUGCGCGGCAACCCUGAGAUCCAAUGCCUGUUCAACAUGUCGAUGGCGGCCAUGCGGCACGAGAUAGAGACCAACCACGCGCCGCUCAAGGGUGACGUCACAGUACUCGACACGCUGCUCACCAAGAUACCCACCUUCAGAGAGCUCUCGCUGAUGCACCUGGAGGCGCUGUGCCGCUUCAAGGCGGCGCACCCGCAGCACAUGUUCCCGGCGUUGUACAAGGAGCUGUUCUCUCUGGACAGCGUGCUCGACUACACACACGUCUAGGCGACAGGUGACAGGCUCGCGACAGGUGACAGGUUCGCGACAGGCUCGCGACAGGUUCGAUCUCAUUUUUGCCUCCGAAUGCAACGUUCAGGCGGCAGUGAGGCGGGCCCGGGAUCAGCCUAUCAAGACUCGACAGCUACGUUUCGUUUAGUCUCCCCUUCCCCUUAGCUGGAACUGAAGACAUCCGCCCGUCGUUUGUUAACCUAUUUAUAAUUGUAUGUAUGUACUUUGAGACUGUUAUAAUAUGAUAUUUACGUAUAGGUACGUACGUACAAUAUUAAUAUUUAAAUGUUUAUUUAAUUCGAUUCUAGGGACGAGCAGGUGUCUUCAGCUUAAAUUUACAAUUAUUAUGAGAACGUAUCGAUUAAUGUUUAUGGGUUUGAAUGUUCGCGAGACUAUGAGCAAAGUAACGGGAACGCGCGGAACCUGGGAAGUAUGCCUUUUUGUACUCUACAAUAUGUAAUAUAAUGUACAUAAUGCGUUAUAUUAUAUAUUGUAUAGACGGGGUGGAUUAUUAUCGUAAAGUGUAUCUAACUUUGAAUGAGGAAAUAAUAAUUAUAUAUAAAGAUAUAAUAAUAGAAAUAGAGUUUUUAUUAAGAAAUAAAUAAAAGUUAUAAAGAUGUAGACAGGUUUUGAAGAUCACACAACAGUUUCUUAUAAGCGAGACAUUUAAUUAAUAGGUCUUUUUUUAAUUAUUUUAUUAGUUAUUUUAAAGAGAAUUGUAACUUGUUAUUUAUUUCAAAUGAUUAUUAAUAUUGAUGUUUUCUCCUUUCAGUUGUAGAAUGUCGAUUAUGUUAUAACGUAGGCUUACAGAAUACUGCCCAUUAUUUUGUAUUUUAAUUUUCUUUAGCUUGAUUUAAUGGAUCAAAUGAAUCGAACACAUUAAAUAAAGCGAUGGAAAACCUUUGAAAAAUAUAACGUAAUUUAAAUUAUAGUAAUUUGCAUCAUAAUUUUGAUGCGCGGUGAACAAAAAUACAGCCAGAAAUAACAUUCCGUUGUUGGGUGCCGCGGUAUCGUUUAUUUAUAUGUAAUUGUUAAUUUCCACUGCUGUAACAUAGCAAAACAUAUCAUUGACUUUCUUUUUCAAUGAGAAUGAGAGGGACGGCAACCUGUUUGAUGGUAAUAUGUUUUUUUUUAAAUGUUUAGGCAGUGGAAGUUGACGUUAACCUUUGACUUUAUUUUCACCUUGUACACAAUUGUGAGGAUAAAGUCAAAGCGUUUUUGUUGUAUACCACCAGCGUUUUUCAUGUGUUCAUUUUUCAAAUUAAUGUUAAUUUUUAACGCACGAUUUUUAUACGAUAUUUUUUAUUGUAUCGUUAUUUUAUUUCGAUUUUUCGUAAUAAGUAUCAUCGUUUUUUAUAGAUAAUGUUCGUGGAUGAUUUGUGAAAUGAACGCUUUUUUUUUGGCACUCAAAAACGGGAUGAGGUUUUUUAAAUUGUAGAGACAAAAAUGCGUUUUGUAUGUUUUAAUAGCAGGCAAUUUACAGUUUUGUAUCUUUAUUGAUUAAAUUUGAUCUCAUUGUG